AUGGUGAACGCGCUGACGGGCGGGUCGACGCAAGGCGCUCUCCGCGGCAGCAAGCUGCUGCGCAGCGAGGGGCGCGGAUUCGCCGCCAUGGCCCGCGUGGUGGUCGCCGCCGGCAGUGCUGCUGCGGCGCUCAUGCUGCUUGCACCGAGAGUGGCGCAG